AUGAACGGAUUAAGAAAUGAACGAGCCCCUCUCUUGCAGUCUGAGCGUGGGGUAAAAACCUGCGGAAGGGUUGGGGCAGUUGGACAUAUUUCUGCACGAGUUUAUCGAUGUGGUCCUCCAUUAAUUUUUAAAGCUAUACAGGGAGAAGGAAAGAGGGAUGGUGACUCGGAAGGGCCAGUCUCAGACCUUGAACAUGGUGACGCAGUGCCGGCGGCAAAUGUGGGAUUCUGUCGAGUGUUUUCACUUGCAAAACCUGAAGCUGGAAAGUUAGUGAUCGGUACUGUGGCUCUUUUGAUUGCAGCCACAUCAAGUAUCUUAGUUCAAAAAUUUGGUGGGCAGAUAAUUGACAUUGUCUCAAGGGAUAUCCGAACUCCAGAGGAGAAAGAUGAAGCUUUGGAUGCUGUUAAGAACACCAUACUAGAAAUCUUUCUGAUCGUUGUCUUUGGAUCAAUUUGCACUGCACUUCGAGCUUGGCUUUUUUAUACUGCUAGUGAAAGGGUUGUUGCACGGCUUAGAAAGAAUUUGUUCAGUCACCUUGUUAGCCAGGAGAUAGCUUUCUUUGAUGUUACUCGAACCGGGGAGCUUUUGAGUAGGCUAUCUGAAGAUACACAGAUCAUAAAGAAUGCUGCAACUACCAAUCUUUCUGAGGCCCUGAGAAACUUUUCAACCGCAUUUAUUGGUCUGAGCUUCAUGUUUGCAACAUCAUGGAAGUUAACAUUGUUAGCUUUGGCUGUUGUACCUCUUCUUUCUGUUGCUGUUCGCAAGUUUGGCCGUUACCUGCGAGAACUUUCUCAUAAAACUCAAGCUGCUGCUGCAGUUGCUUCAUCAAUUGCCGAGGAAUCCUUUGGUGCAAUAAGAACAGUAAGAUCAUUUGCCCAAGAAGAUUUUGAAAUAACACGCUACUCAGAGAAAGUUGAUGAAACACUUAAUCUUGGACUUAAACAAGCAAAAGUUGUUGGACUCUUUUCUGGAGGCCUGAAUGCUGCAUCUACGCUUUCAGUUAUUGUAGUUGUUAUAUAUGGAGCUAAUUUGACAAUUAAGGGUUCCAUGUCCUCGGGUGAUCUUACAUCUUUCAUUCUUUAUAGUCUCUCAGUGGGUUCUUCUAUAUCUGGUCUGUCAGGACUGUAUACAGUAGUUAUGAAAGCUGCAGGUGCUAGCAGAAGGGUUUUUCAACUUUUGGAUCGUACAUCAUCCAUGCCCAAGUCAGGAAGUAAAUGUCCACUGGGUGAUCAAGACGGGGAAGUAGAACUAGAUGAUGUGUGGUUUGCCUAUCCAUCACGCCCUAGUCAUCCAGUGCUCAAGGGCAUUACAUUGAAACUGCAUCCAGGAUCAAAGGUUGCUCUUGUUGGUCCAAGUGGUGGUGGAAAGAGGCGUGGAGAGAGUACAAUUGCGAACUUGAUUGAAAGAUUUUAUGACCCAACCAAGGGAAAGAUUCUACUGAACGGGGUUCCUUUGGUAGAAAUAUCGCACAAGCAUUUACACAGAAAGAUAAGUAUAGUGAGUCAGGAGCCUACACUCUUCAACUGUUCCAUAGAAGAGAACAUAGCUUAUGGAUUUGAUGGCAAAGUGGACGCUGUUGAUUUAGAAAAUGCUUCUAAAAUGGCCAAUGCCCAUGAAUUUAUAUCAAAAUUCCCAGAAAAAUACCAGACCUUUGUUGGAGAGCGUGGGGUAAGGCUUUCAGGAGGGCAGAAACAGAGAAUAGCAAUUGCUAGAGCCCUGCUUAUGAACCCAAAAAUUCUCCUCUUAGAUGAAGCUACCAGUGCCCUAGAUGCUGAAAGUGAAUACCUAGUACAGGUGAGUUCACAUAUUAUUUUGGAGGAAUUCUUUUUACGGUUUCGUGCACAUAUAAACUUGUUUUUGCUCUUGCACGGUAUACUAAUGGUAAUGGAUAUGGUCCAGGAUGCCAUGGAGUCUCUCAUGAAAGGAAGAACAGUUCUAGUCAUUGCUCAUAGGUUAUCAACUGUUAAAACUGCUAAUACCGUUGCAGUUAUAUCUGAUGGACAAAUAGUUGAGAGUGGCACCCAUGAUGCGCUUCUCAGCAAGAAUGACUUCAGUUCAAAAUGCAAGGCUUGGUUCGCAAACUGGCGGAACACCACCACCCCCAUCGUCACGCCAACUCUCACCGUAUCUUCCACACCUUCUCUGUUCCCAAACUUUCACGACCUCAACUGCAUCUACGCAACCACAUUCCCUCUUCCUUCCUCACUCACCCACCUCAUCACUUUCACUCAUGCCGCUCCAUUUCAACCAAACUUCGCGCCUUUCUCUCCCAACCAACGAUCUCGCACCGCCUCGCCCUCAACUCUCUCCUCGGAGAUCGCGCCAGAAGCCUCCUGCUAG